AUCCCCGCGCGACGUCACUCCCCUCCGCCAGCCAAUCGGAGGAGGCGUUAGAAUAGCUCAGGUGGCGAGAUCGGUGACGCAAGUUGUUGUUGUUGUCGAGACUCUAAGGCAAACGGACGUCGGCGAUGGUCCUCGAGGCGCUGCGUGGAAAUGGUCGCUUACGGGGAUGGCGACGAUGACUCCCUGGCGACGCUGCGUUCUGAGGCUCCUGCUAGCGGUGCUGUUCCUCCUGCUCGCGCUCUUGCUUAACGACGUCGCGGCCGAGGUCGAGCUCAGGAGCGACCACAGGUUCAUCCUCGACCUCGGGCACGAGCUCGAGGACGAGGGCGAGGGGGCGUCCGAGGAGGAGGAGGACGACCUGCAGAUCCUCCAGCAGGUGGCGAGGCAGGGCGGGGGUACCUUCGGGGCCGAGUGGUCGAGUGCGGAUGAGCUCGAGGGCGACCUCAUAGUGGAGGACGACCCUGGCAAUGAGUCGGAAUUCAUUAACUCGGAAAAUUACGAGGACUUGUACGGGGGGCCGGAGUUCGAGGAGCUCCCGCACUGCCAGAGCGACGCGCCCGACGAGGACAGGCCCAGGCCUGCAGUAGUUGUGAGCACCCUUGACGGGCGAGUGACCAGUCUGGAUGCCUUGACGGGGGCGGUUAUGUGGUCACAUCAGACGGGCGGCAAAAAUAAUGAUAUGCUGUCUUCUUCUAUGUCGAAGUUGGAGGUGACUUCUCGUGGCGAGUGGGUGCGGCUUAUCCCCUCCCUGGAUGGGGGAAUCUACCGGUUUGAUGGAGACGGGGUGGAGGCUCUCCCGGUCACAGCCGAGACGCUCCUGCACUCCUCAUUCAAGUUCAACACCGAUACAGUUUUCACAGGAGGAAAGUCAACAGAAGUCUGGGGAAUGUCAGCAAACACAGGACACUUGUUAUACGUAUGUAAUACUGGUGGAUGUAAUCGUCAACAAACAGCAUCAAAGCCUAUACAUGUGUUGGUUGUCCGGCGAGUAACGCAGAUUGUCAGGGCCAUUGACCCACAGUCUGGAGAGGAGAGGUGGAACUUCAGUGUUGGUCAGCAUGAGGUGAAUCUUGCUGGCGGAGGCUGUGAGGGGAUGAACAGAGGAGAGGAGGAGGAGGAGCUCCCUUCCCUUCAUUUUGUUGUACCUGAUGGCAUCAUAAUGGGCAUGGAUGAGGAAGGGCAUCUUCUCUGGCAGCAGAAGCUGGCAUCACCUGUGGUCAGUGCCUGGAGGAUACAGGGAAGUGAUAUUCAGCAGAUUGACUUGUUUAGCACAAACAGUGUACCAGCUUUGUGUCCAGAAUCAGGACAAUCCUAUGGAGAAAAUACAGAGUAUGACCAGGAUGAGGACCAGCAGCAACCUGCCUUGUACGUAGGGGUCCAUCAGAAACAGCUGUAUAUUCAGCAGAGUGGCAACAUGAGAAAGAGGGUCAACUCUGCAAUCAGGAUUUAUGCCUCCGAUUUACCCAUUCCAGCGGAAACAUCAUUCCCGCGGGUUCAGUGGCGCCCUUACUUAGCAACAGCACUAUCCCGAACGCCAAUUGUUAACUAUAACAGACGGAAGCACCCAUUGCUCCUCAACUAUGACCAAAAGGAGGAGAAUACUGCAGUUGCGGUUGCUCACCAGAUAGACUAUCCUUUUGAUAAUGGCUAUUACCUCUAUGGCGAAAGUGAGGGUCAGCUCAAUCUGAGUCGUCCCUUGGAGGCUCCCACAGGUAUGCCCGAGGACGAAGAUGAAACCCUCAUGGAUGAUGUGGCAGCGCAGAUUCUUCACAUAUGCUUUCACAUUGGGCCUGAAACUUGGAUGAAACUGGUUUGUGGUGUUGCUUGCUAUGCCUUGCUUCACUUUCUUCUGUUGCGGUACAUUCUAGUCAGCAUGAGACGUCAAGUGACACAGCAAACCCUCAAUCUGGUUACACAGAUGCUGAAUCUCAUCAUUCAGAAUAAUCCACAUAUCCUGGCAUUAAUUCACCGAAUGGGAGUGCAGGUGCCCCAGGUUGCUGCCCCACCACCUGCGCCACCCGCUCCAGCUCCUACUGAGGUUCCUGUAUUGACGAGUAAUCCUCCGGCAGAUUCAGCCUUGCCGGAGAAGAGCGAACCCCCGACGCCCCAGUUCACUUCAAGGUAUGCAACAGACUUUGAGCCCAUGCACUGCCUGGGACGUGGCGGCUUUGGUGUGGUGUUUCAGGUCCGGAACAAGCUUGAUGAGAAUGAAUAUGCAGUCAAGAGGAUAACAUUACCAGCAAAGGAAUCCUCUGCAGAGAGAGUAAAGCGUGAGGUCCGCGCACUUGCCAAGUUGAACCACACGAAUAUUGUGCGUUAUUACAACAGCUGGUUGGAAUCGCCUCCUCCUGGUUGGCAAGAUGAGUCUCUGUUUCUUUUACAGAGUGGAUCUGAACCUUUGUCCAUGUCCCCUUUCUCUCAUGGGGCGGAAGAGACCCGUGACAAGUGCCAGGAAGAGAGCUUUGCCUGCCGUGACGCAGACGAAGGCUUGAAUGAUUCUCUCUCGGAUGUGUUUAACAAACUUGCCCCCAAACCUUAUGAAAGUUAUAGCAGGGUUGAGGACCAGGAAGGCAGAAGUGGGUCCUAUACUGGCUCUAAGGAGGAGUCUGAAGAGGAAUCUGAGAUGGAGGAGGAGGAGGAGGAGUCUGAGGGUUUGCAAGAGAACACAGAUAAGUCUUCCAGUUGGUGGCAGAAUGAUAGCCAAACGGGAGACGUUCAGGACACCCAGAAUGAUUUUGCUGCAGAUGAUUCGUUUGAGAUAGUUUUUGAGAAUCCCGAAGUGAAACCGAGUGAGAGAAGUGAUGACUGCACAAGUAAUAAAAGUGACUCUAAAGAUGCUGGCAUUCAGAAUAGAGACAAUGCUAGUGAAGUAGAGGACAGUCUUAGUCAGUCGAUAGUUUUUCAAGACUCAGGGUGUGACAAUGAGAAUAGUUUAUCACUACGCAGUACUGUAUUUGAUGAUAAAAGUGCUAGUCAAGAAAGAAGUAGCCAGAGCAAGGAAAGCCACAACUACCACAAAAAGCUGCAGAAGAGGAAGAGAUUACAGAGUCAUCCCCUUGGGAGCGAUUCAAAGGAAACGAGUGAGAGACCAAGAACGUUAAGCCUCCAGACGAGUAUGGAGAAGAUAACCUCCCACUCCAAAGAAGAGGCCAGUGUUCUCCGCAGCAGGACCUUCCUCUAUAUCCAGAUGGAGCUUUGUCAGAGGGAAAGCCUGAAGGACUGGCUCUUGCAAAAUGAGAUUAGAAAUAAAAAGACUAUCUGUGAUAUGUUCAAUGAUAUCGUGAAGGCUGUUGAAUAUGUCCAUGAUAAUCAGCUUAUGCAUCGAGAUCUGAAGCCUUCUAAUAUCUUCUUCUCACUCGAUGGCAAAAUAAAAAUAGGAGACUUUGGAUUGGUAACCACUAUUGCCGAGGACCUGCGAACCCCAGGGGUCGUUCAGCCAGGCUACAUGGGUAGACUGCCUGAUAGUCACCACACCCAUCGUGUGGGGACUCAGCUUUACAUGAGCCCUGAGCAAGUGACGGGCCAAGUCUAUGAUUACAAAGUAGACAUAUACUCCUUGGGACUCAUUUUCUUUGAGAUGCUAGUGCCAUUUUCCACUGGUAUGGAGCGUCUGACUGUCAUGACCCGUGUACGAGAAGGAACGUUCCCAGAUGGAUUCAUAGAAAGUUAUCCUGAUGAGACAGAAUUACUGAAGCUCAUGCUCUCUGCCAAUCCGGACACGCGUCCCACAACAAGGGGCAUCCGUGCCAGAAACCCUCUGAGGCCGCUCCAGGGCAUCUCUGUCGAGGACAUCCAGCCCGAGGAUCACUUCCAUCUCUCCCGCCAGCGCUCCCUUGUACAUUCCCAAUCGUCCUCCUACUCCAUCGCUUCGUCCACUUCGUCGGGGAGAUGAUGGUGAUGAUGAUGAUGAUGUCAGGAAAACAUAUCUUCUGUCGUGGGAGUUUUCCGCGAUUUCCUUCAUCCUCAUUCUUCAAGUGAUUUGUUCAUCAGCGCUUUUAGUCUUGUCCUUAUACCUCAUCUCAAACAGUCAUGUAAUAAGUUUCCAUAGGCUAGAAAACUUGUAUCACUGCUCAUCAAAGAUCUGUCGUUUGCUUGCAAAAUGUACGCUAUCAUGGUUAAUAAAUUUGUUUAUAUUUUAGUAGCUUUAUCAUGGGUUUUGACCAUCUUUUUUCACUAGGGUCCUUAUCUGAAAAGUGAAUGGGGUGUUUACAUGACACUUUUUGGAGGUUGUACUAUAAACAAAUGUUAUCACAAACAUUUAAAAGUAUACAUAUAUUUUUUUUUUUCUCUUUCUCUCUUCUCUUUGGUGCAGAAAGAAGUACCAUACUAAGCUUGUUAAGCUAGAUGAUACACAAUCUACUAGUAUUAACCAUUGUGAGAGUCUAGAGUGGGUUUCUGGUGUUAUGAAACAAAGAACAGUACUUAUAGUGUGCAUAAGUAAUACUUCCCUCACUCUAAUAAACUGUGAAAGACUG